AUGUCGGAUGGUCUCGUGCAAGUCUACAUUUUUAGAAAAAAAACUUUACCAGGCAUCCUCGCCAUUCGCGUGUCGACGAUCGGAGCCGCCGACGAAAAAGCUUGGGCAACUGUCGAAAAGCACCUGAACGGCUGUUCUAAGCUUCAUCUACAGGCGAACUUUGGGCCAGGCAGCGCGGGGGUGAUAAUUCCAUGGGCAACUGCCAUCAAUACACAAGAUGCCGAUUCGGAAAAAUUGCAAAGAGAUGCCAAGUUGCACCUACCGUACUUCAAUCUGGCGGACGGAGUAAAGUCAACCGACGCGUCGCUCGUACUCGAGGUCAUAAUCCAGAACCAUUCCUCCGACCAGGGGCAUGCUUCAAAGUGCCCCGAGGAUGAUGAGCUUUCCCUGAGCUCUUCUUCCUCGGCCACCGACAACUGCGAACAACAAAAUCGAUACAACACAGCACAGCCGAAAGCACGGUCUCUGACGACUCUUGCGACUGGCACCCUCGACGUUCAGAUGGGCCUGACGACUACUUUCAGCCGCACGGCGGCAACAUCAAAAGAAAAGUGCGUCGUUCCAUUCACCAUCAUGCCGAAAGAGCGUCCGGCUGCUUUGCUUUGCCCCGAACUUCCGGACUCUAUCCCCGUCGCGGUGGAACUCACCUUCUCCAAGACCGGGCUCGAUGCCGCUGAUGCCGGUGAGCAGCAGCCAGUGGAACGAGUCUUGCCGCGUACGGGAAACGGUGCUGCCGUGCCGGCAGUCUUUGUCGUGGCGACGACCCUGUUCGACUGCUCUACAGCAAUGAAGGAUGCGGAACUUCGGCUAUACGUUCGGCGCGGCGAUGCCCGAACAGCGUCAAAAAUCUCUUGCAGGAGAACCGGUGCCAUAGGGCGGUGGUAUCCUCUUAGAGCUGGCUUCAGCAGUGCGGAUCGCAACGCACACGGUGCCGGAACAGGAGCUGUGGGAGAAGCCUUAGUUGCGUUCGCCUGGAUGCAGCAGGGGCCUGCAACGGCCGCCCUUUCGAGAGACCCGAUCCAUCACAACCGCGACAUCAUGUCUCGAAAACGGCCUAGACGAAAACGAAAGGAAGGAGCACAGGACAGAGACUCUGCGAAGAAAGCUCCGCAAAGCAAGCGAGCCGAAGCCAGCAGCGGUGGAAACUCGGAUGCGAUCAACAUCACUCGACCGAUAACGGGGCAUGGUUGUGGCGAUAUCAACGGCGCUUUGCAACAGGAAACCCAGAUCCACAUCCACGUUUGGGAUGCCUUGUUGCCCCUCGCUUGGUCGGGUUCUGCGGUAUACUUGACCGUUCGCCUCUGUUGCCCGGGGUCACGUAUCCAGCGAGUCUCUACAAAGCCGGCGCGAUGCCGGGGAGGACCGAGCACGAGCCCAACAGCAUCGGGCAGCAGCAGCAACAGCAGCAGGCGUUGGACAAACAGAAGCAGUCGGGCGGGUUCCGUGCACGUGGUAUGGGACGAGCACCUGACGCUGUCAGUCGCAGACCUUCUCGAUGAAGGUGCGGUGGUCGAGCUGCUGGUGCGAGACGCGUCCGUGGACAAAGAGGUGCCUCUAGCGACGCGCGAGGGGGAGCCAGUCCGAAUUUUCGCGGAGCGGAACAAACCCGUGCGGGUAGGGGAGACUGCAUCUUUGUCGCAGGGUGAUAUGGCUUCCCCCUUCCGUCUUCCAGGCCCGGUGAUAUAUCGCUUGAGGCUCCAGUACCCUCCCGGAGAUAUGAACGAUAACUCCGACCCGGCAUUGAACGGAGACCGCGUAGAAGAAAACCAUGUCGGGUUCGGUGGGGUAGAGGUGCGCAUGGCCGGUCUAGUUCUCGAGCGAAACUGUAUCGACUACGACGACGACGGAGUGAAAGCUUUUCUCCAGCGAAAGGCUGACGUCGCAAGGGUACCGCGUCGGUUGACCACCGUCGGCGGUGGUGGUGGUGCAUCGUUUUCCAAUCGAACGGUUGUCCCAACGCGCGAGAUGCGUCGUCCGGGGCGACGUUCUCGGUUGCUCGACCUUUCCGCAGCGAAUGGCCUCUUCCAUAAGUUUGCCGAGGAUCAAGCUGGCGGGAGAACAUCGGCUGAAGGAGCUGUGAACAUGAGUUCGUGGUCACCGAGGACGGCAACAGGCGGAGAUGAACCAAAAACGAGCAGGCAAUCUGAACCGGGGGACUUGGAAGAUUUUGGGGAGCGGUUUCGUUCGUCUUCUGAACCGGUGCUCACAAAAGAGGGCCUAAGCCUCGUCGCUCAACAGUACUUUCCAGGACUCGCAGAGCAGCCGGAUUGUGGUGCUGCAGGGGCGGACGCGACUGCAACGUCGCGACACCUUUGCGGGGACCACUCAGCCCCAAAGGUCAGCAACGAAAAUUCCCACGGCAUAGGUUUCACCGAGUUCGUGUCGUGGCUCCGGAGUCUCCCUGAGGCAGACCUUGUUACCGCUGGACUACUUGUCAGCCCAAGAACAGCGCUCCACACUACCGGAGUAGUCAUGGACGGGGAUGUCCAGUAUGCUCGAGAACUAGCUGCUGCGCUAGAACUCGCUAGAGAGCCGACGGCGAUGUUGAUAGGAGGAUGGUGCUCGGUUCCCCUUCGGAGUACCGUGGAUGCGACAGCACUCGAACGGGUGCGGCUUGGGUGGGGUCCAGGGGGCAGUGAAGACCGAGACGGAGGUGGACCAGCGGAAAUGGCGUGGCGGCGCCACACGGAAAUGCUUCGACGGGACGUUGGGGUACUGAGCAAGGCGCUGGUUGAACUCGAGCACAGGUGCGGCGAUCGGACGGUUAGCAAAGAGGCCGAGAGUAUCGGCAUUAGUGAUCUCGAUCACGGUGUAGGCGAUGAUCCGGCCGGAAGAACGGAGGAAGAACCGGCGAACGCCUUUCCUGAAGAAGAAUGUUCACCAAAGCUCGAGGUGGACGGCAUGCCACCGACGGUAGGCGAAGUAGCCGUGGCCACACAUGGCAGGCCCAACAAGGUGGAGGCGGGCGUAGCGCAAAACGAGCCGGACUCCAGCUCAAUCGCCGCCGUGUACAUAGGCCAGCAGGCUACCCGGCUGGGUGCAGCCGCGGAGCACCUGAAAGAAGCACUGAGAUGCGCCGGGGAUGCGUUGAGCUGCGACGCCACGCGCAUCAAAGCCCAUCCAUCUUCGGGUGGAAGAUAUUGUGGCGCCCGAAGAGAUGCUGAAACAAAACGGUCGCGAGGUAACGGGCGUAGCAAUCGGGUCGAUCUUUCGUCGGGGUCAUUUUCAUACGCAACCGAUGAGGUGCAAGCGCAUCGCCACCACCAACAGCAUGGCCUUCUACUGCGGCACAUCAAACAGGUCACAUCUUUUCAGGCAGAAAUCGCGUCUUUCCAGCGUCGCGCCGCCGCUCUAGCCCCUCGAAAAACAGAGGAACCCGUUCCACUUGUGCGGUGGCAGGGCGAUGACUUCGGCUACGGCGGUAAUGGUGCCUCGUGCGGUGCAGCAGAGACCCCUCGAUCAGGCCUGGCGCUGGUCAAGCGGAUUCGUCGCGCUCAAAGCGCGGCCCGAAGGCAGACGACGGUCGAAUCUACUCCAGGCGCCAUCGUCACUGGAGAAGAAAUCUUUCCGGCGCUGUGCAACCAAAGUCACGGCGAUGACUCCGCCACGUCGUCGGACGCCAAUGAUGAUCGUGAUUCAUCAGGUGGAGAUGGUGCUGCGGUUAUGAAAGAUCAACAACAACAAGAGAGGGGCCUUUCCGCUGGGGUCCCAGACCCCGAGGAGGACGGGAGCAUGGCCCUAAGUUCAAGCCACGCAGAAACUCUUUUCUCCCCACGGACACCGUUCUCCAUGUUUCGAAACCCAUCUUCGCCGGAAAAUCUCCGGGAAAGGCUGGAUAGCAUCCGAACCGCGUUCCUCGACAGCGCUACCGAUCUGCCCGCGUCUUACCCUCGAAUCGCCGAACGGAUACUAGAUACGGCAAGCGAGAACGCGACAUGCACGACGAAAUUGGUAACCUCAGCCGCCGUUUGCUGUCCGAUCGACAGGUUUGCUCUACACGUGUUCCGAACUGCCGGGGCUGCCGGCGAGACAGGCAGCACGGUGUACACCGACGUGCAGGAGCUCGCCGGCAUCGGCGGCCUCGACACGCAGACCUCCGAGAACUCCCUGUGGAGCGCGGCGGCACGGGCUGGAAUCGUGGACGUAGAACGAUGGGUCGUUGCCGCGGUGCUAUGGCAAGUCGCAGACGCUGUGGCCUCCACCGACAAAAGCUUCGUGCCUUCUGUGCGAAGUCCGGGGUCGAUGGAGGGUGCAUCAGAAAUCAUGGCUGGAGACGAUACAUCGGACGCAGCAGCGGUAUCGACCAAGGCAAUGUCGUUGUGGGAAGAGCUGCGCGACGAGGCGUUUCGAUCGGUGCUGAGCCGCAGCAUUAAGAACGAAAACCAUGGUAGGGUACCGAACGCAGAACCAAGUUCUUCCUCCCCGGUAAAGGCCGGCACUCUGUCGACGCCAAGAAAACACGAUCAUCAACGGGAGGGGGCUUUGGUGCUCGUAGGAGAGGACGUGGUUUCUCAUCGCGUGGAUCGACGUGCUCUCCAGCGGUACAAAGCCUUGAGGUCGGGCCCCAGCUCUUUCGACCGUGCUCUGAUGAGGACACUCGUCCUAGCAAGCGGGGCUGGUGCGGCGGCGGCAGCGGCAGCGGCAAGUCCGACGGCGGGCGGUAGGGCAUCAUGGGACUCGGGAGUAGGCGGUUCUCUCGACUGCGUUGAAGAUAUCUUGUUGCACAACUUUGUCGUCGCGGGGUUCGUCGACGGGUCGUGCUUGAGCGUGUCUGACAUCGUCGACGCCGUGAGCGCGCGUAGGCAGAGGGUUGCUCUGACGGCGACAGCGGGCGGACUUAUUUCAGGUGGUGCAAAGGAAGGCAUGGACAACGGAGUUGCGUCGGAUGAGAAUGGGCACCGACCCGCGAAACCGCAAGCUUUAACAGAAUUACCCGAAGACCAUCGCCACCGCUUGUCGCGUGGUGAACCGGUUCCACAGGGAGAAACACGGGCCGCAAGCGUGGUCAAGGGGGAAGAGGACCCUAUGAGCGACGACAAUGCUGUUGCUGUUUCUGUGUCCAUGUUGGAGACAGACGUGGAAUCGCGUCUUCUGCUUGGAAUCCCCGCCGAACUGCGGGAGCUCUUUCGAGCUGCCAGUCUCGCGGGGGUUGGUCACCAAGGCAGCCUAGAAAAGGACGAGCUGGAAAAUGCUGAAUGGGGAGUCUUGCAAGUCCUGGACAGCAACCGGACCCUCGAAACGGCCCCCUUCUCCGGAGGGAGGACAGCCUUACACCACGCCGCCGCACGGGGCGACGAAUUUUUAGUUCGCUUGCUCCUCGAACGAGGAUGUAAACCCCAUCUAAAGCACACGCGCGCAGAAAUUCUGAACGGCGCGAGACAAGGAUUGCCUACCUCCAAGCCUCCACCAGUUAAGAUAAACUUGCCUUCGCCUCUCUGUCGUUCUCACCACCAAAUUCUGUCUGUUCAGGACUUCGAAGGGAAGCGUGCUUCCGACCUCACUCGUGACUUGAAGUGCCUCCGUCUGCUGGGCGCCCUGAAGAAGGGGUGCAAGCCUUCCGCCGUCUCUCUGCGCGGAAGCAGGGAAAAUGAAGAAGCCGCCACAGCAAGCGGUCGGAAGGAGAAGCGUGUCGGCGAGACGCCGUUGAGCAGCGCGCGAGCCAUGGCCAACGUAGAGUUCGCCGUGUCGUUCCGACUUCGAGGGGACGAAGAAAUUGUCAGAGGCACUUCAAGGGAUAGAGUCCGAUGUGAUGGUUCCACUGAGACACCUCGCGACUGGAAACAACGUGAGCGAGCCGAGGAUGAGCAAAUCAGGAUCAUACAUGGACGAGGAGCGUGGGUGAAUGGUGUUGCCCGUUCAUACGACCUGAGAAACAAGGUUCUGCUCAUCGACGAAAUAUACCCAGACACAGGUCCGGGCGGCACAACUGCUGCUGCUCACCCCACUAUCGACAGCAGCGGGCCGGCCGAAAACGAAACAGGAGCAGCGAUUUCGACCCAAGGACAGCUACCCGACGAGGAACAACUACGACAUUGGAGAAGCACCGGAGGAGAGCGGCGAAGUUACCGCUGUUCCAGACACGUGCUCGACGUGAGACUGCUGUCGAGCCUGUCGCCUCAUGGGGAGGAACUGUUCGACCAACUCCAAGAGUUCUCCUCCGCGUUUAAGACGAACUUGGCGCGCGCCUUACUCGAUGUGGCGGUCGACGCGGCGGCUGCCCUGGGUGCAUCGUGCCGGAUGAUACUGGACGGUCUCGUCGGUGAAAUUGUGGAGGACGAAGUGGUUCGAGAAGCUUGUCGAAACGAGAGGCUUGCUGUCGCCACCAAAAACACGGCCGCGGUUGUCGUUGCGGGGGUUUUCCGGGCAGCUCAACGCGCAGUCGUUCGAGCGGGGCGGCUUUCGUCGCAAGCGGUGCUAACGAAUGGAGGAGAAAUCGACGGCACGGCGGGUGGCAGCGCCGAGACCGGACCGAAGGAGCUUGUAGCGUCCAUUUCAGUUGCUAGCCUGGCAAACGCUGUUCACGGUGGUAACACCCAGAGAGCAAACCCCGUUGUUGUCGACAAGAGUGUCGCCGCAAGGAUGCGAUUCAGCUGCACGACCAUCGUCAGCGAGAGGCGACACACGGCCGCCACGGUCGUAGCAGCAGCAGCUAGGUCGGGGGCGAGAGAGGAGUCAGCAGCAGACUCGAGUCCCGACGUGAUCCGGCGGAACAGAAAGCGGCGCAAUUUGCAGUACAUGGCGAGGUGGACGGUGGAAAACGGCGUCAGCACCGUAGUGGUGCGCGGUCGAUCGUACCUGGAUGCCAUAGCCGCGAAAAAGAGGGGAGGAAGUGGGAGUAAACCGAUCAACCUCGAGGGCCGUGAUGCCGGUAUACGGUGCGUCCUCGAUCACCACGGGGUGACUCUCUCGGCAUGCCUCCAGACGUUUGAUGUGAUGCAGGACAUGGAAGAUCCAAACAUCGUUCUAGAAAUGCUUGCCACGGGCAUCUGCCAGUGGCUAAUUUCCUUCAACCCUGCUAUUCUUUGUUUCUUCCGCCAGCUGAGCGCGCGGAAUCUCGAGGAAGGCGUCGAAUUCGCCAGCCUGCGCCAGUCUGAGCAAGACAUCUUGAAGGCCGAGGUUCUCAGUCAACUCUACCAAGCGACCGAUCACAGCGCGCUGACUGUCCCGGAAUGGGACGAGUUAAAGAUCACACUUCAGGCAUUCGGCGGGGUCACGUCAGUUAGCUUAUCGCGGAGUGGUGAAAGCAGCAAGGCGCCUGGCAGCGACGGAGAACAGGACCUGGUGGUGUUUGCUCCCACCACGGCCGGAUGGUUCAGCCCGGACGAAGUAGCGGCUGCGCUGACAUCUCCACCAACACUACAAGAUAGCUUGCCCUCGACCACCGCUGCUUCCUCUUCUUUCGCCGAACCGCUACCACCGUCCGCCGUGGAUCUUGUCGUCACUCUGAUGAGGUGCAACCCUUGCGAGGUACUGGGCUCCCUUUGUCGAGGGAUCGAUACCGACGGCCGAAUUGCCCUCAUCGGCCGGGUCGAAAACGGCGGCGCUAGUCAAGCUUCUGCUGUUGACACGGCGGGUGGCAGGGCAGGGGGCAAGGGAGGUGGGGUCAACGAUGGUUGCACGUUCCGCUGCUCUUUGGAAGUUGCGUGGAACAAAGACGAGGGCGGGGUGUUCGUGCGGCGGUUCAGCAUGGAUCGUGAUGAGAAAAGACCGAGAUUCACCCUCCGAGCAGUGGGAAUCCGAAGGUUCUCGAUUGCUCAACUCCCGGUUACCCUCGAGGAUAUUGAUGAGGUCGAGGAUCAGGGAGGCGUCGACGACACGUCUGGGUCAGACACAUCGACAAGUCACGGUUGCUCGCGAGGGUCAACGAACUCGUCCGUCACCACUCUGCGCUCCUCGCAAGGAGGAAAGGGACAACCUUCUCCGCCAGCGAGCAUCGUAGCGAGCUCGGCGAAGUCAGAAGAAUCAUCAGAACGGGGCCAACAUUCUGCGAUAUUGGCGCAGUCAGCGGCAUCAGCAGAGCGGGGUAGCUUGAUUCAUUCCGGAGCGGCGGCAGCAACAACAACAUCAAGAACAGCGAGAACUGCAGCAUCUAUACCAGUAGAAGCGCCCUACGCAAAGUUUAGUUCGGCCCAGGAUGACAGCGAAGAAGACUCGCGGAAACCUGAAACGACAGCAGCAGCGGCGACGGCGACCGCGGCGGUGGCGGCGGCGGGUAUAGCGCCACGUGGCACGGGUGAGGAUGAUGAUUUGUCCUCAACUUCAGACCAGAGCCGGCGAUCUGAUGGGAAGGAAACUAGUGAUACUUCAGGAUGCAGCACGAGCAAAGACCGUGGCCGAUCGAUGCGAGAGGACAGGAUCGUGGAGUCCGUUGUAAAAGAGAACCUUGACCAGCCAAGUGAAAUCGCGACCAAUUAUGCCACCAAGGGCGUCGUAUCUAAGCAGGAAAGGCGCCACGGCGCCGUCGGUGCCUCUUCCCCUGCGACUCAAGUGGACACAAAAGGUGCCGACGGUAGCAGACAGGCAGGUUCGGAGGUCGUAACGACGAACAAAAAGCCUGCCUCCGGAGGUGGUCUCAACGAGAUGGCGGAAGCAAACAUUGACGAGGGGAGCAGAGGCCAAGGAGAGACGGAGGAGGUAAACGAGGGAGGACGCGAGGAUGAGAAGCACGGGGAUGAUGAUGGUAAGGAGGAGAGCACCAAGGGGGGGGCUGGGAAUCAAGAAGACGAAGAGGAAGCUUUGGAGCAACAGAAAAAGGCAGCCGAGGACAAGGAUGGUAGCGAAUCAAGGCGCGAGCGAAAUCACUUGACAACCGGUGGUAAUACUGACGCCGGCGAGGUUACCCGUCCCGCGGACAUGGGACCCCCGCUUCGCGGCAGUGAUGGAAUACUUCUUCGCCGGGGAUCGACCGAGGACGUGGUCAAAGCAAAUACCAUCACGAGCAUGGAUGUGGGAGCAGUAGCCAACCGCGUGCCGAAAGACAUGAUCACACCACUUGUCAAGCAAGGCUUCGAGGAACUCCACAGCGCGAGAUCAAUUCGGGUAGAAGAUGAGCAUGGGGGAAGUGAUGCUGGCUGCGCGACAACUGGUCAAGUUCAAAUGCAAGCCCUGCCUCACGCAAACCCUGAGGCGCUUGCUCCUGACGUUGUUCGUGCAGACGAAUCAAUUUCGUUGCAGCGAGACUCGGGGAGGGCGGCCGACCCCGCCGCCGUGCUUGGAGAAGGGGCGUCUUCUGUCGGCAUGCUGAAUGCACUGGGGGAAGAUCUAGGGACAACUCCCCCAGGAGAUGCCAAACACGACGGGACAUAUUUGAAAGCGACGUGUAAUCGAGACGCAGCCGAUGAGGUGGUUGUGGAGGGAACCAUAAACAAUGAACCCCUUGGUGUGCUAACAGUUCCUUCUUCUUACCCGCUGAGUGGCUCGGCUCCCGGUACGAUCGAGGACAUCGACGAAGUCAACAACGGUGAUAAAAACGGCGAUGUAGAAGAGUUGUUUCGUCAACAAGACAAGAGAAGUUCAUCACCACUUGCUGACGGUGAAGGUGCGAAUGACGAUGGACAGACGACCUCUGCUACCACAGUGGAAACAGGAGAAUGCGAACAGGUUCCUGCGGAGGUACUAAACGUGGAGGAUGAGGGAGACACAGAUGACAACGAAGGCGUUCCUCCACGACUGAACGAAGAAGUCACCCUUGAGGAAGAGGAGGGGCAGACAAGGAAACAACACGAGCUGAAUCGAACUGCCAGUGUUGUCGAUGCUCAGAGGUUGCAGGAUCAAACGUUGGAUGACGUCAACGGCAAGUCUGAAGAAGACGCUGUCAACUCUUCCCAAGACAAGUUAGCCGCUGAAAAAGCUGACCAGGGGGAUCUCAACGGGAAAGAUGCCGAUCGCAUGGCCUCGACGAGCAACAGCACAGACUCCGGGGACGUGUCGCCGGCAAACGUAUGGACGUUCCCUCCAUCAUUCGAGGCCCUCAUGACUCUUUCCACCGCAAACAACACGGUAGAGUGCGAAGCUGAGGGCGAAAUAACUCUCGAAGUCGAAGCCGAUACCCGCGGCGAGGAGCAGGCAUCGACACACGGCGACGAAGGACAAACUAAAAAGAGGCAAGAAGCGACCCCCGCGGGCUCCCCCGAGAACAAUGUCGAACCAUUCUGGCGAAGCCGGUACUGCAUAUACAGAAUCGCGGCGGAGGAAGGCAGCCAGACCCCGCCAGUGGCAGACAUCGACCUGGAAGACGAUGACGCUCAGGCACGCCUCGAACACCUUCUCGGGGAAUCGUACGGCAUAACGAUGGAAGAGGUCCUAGAUCGUUUCUCCCCAGAGACCGACCUCAGUUCCGGCGACGCUGUGGUGCGGUCGUUCACGAACAGCAUCUGUGAGCUCCGCCCGUCUCUUCUUCGGGGGCAACCAAAAAGCAUAAGUUCCGAUGACGGUCGGCCCGGAGGUCGUGAUUCCCACGGACGAAGCGAUGAUGGCGCUGUGUACAAAGCCGUGGAGGCAGCGCUCCGAGGGCGCGGCGGUGGGUCCCCGUGGCGAGAGGUGCAGGUACGAGUGGCCACUUCCCGCGUCUUGGACGUACGCGUCGUCACCACUUCUUCUGACGAUACCACCAGGGGCGAAGAUAUCGUCGAGAAUGGGUCCAAUGCUGGUGGACCGUCGGCAACAACAUUGUUCGAACCUCCCUCGAAGGGUGCUGUCUGCACUAGCGCCGUCGAUUGUUCGGGUAUCGACUCACCCGCGGCGUUGAGGCCGCACCUACUCGCGGGAGGAGUGCCCGCGUCGGCAGCAGACGCUUUAGACAGAGCGGGUUUUUUCGCCCCGGGGCCCGUGGUAGACCUCGCCGGUGUUCUCGCAGCGUUAGCCGACGAGGCGAGAACCGGAGGCCCUUCUGAAACGCAUGCUGCUACCGUUUUUUCUCAAUCAUCGCCGGGAGUGAAGAAAAAGGAGGGAACGGGGAGCUGGCCAGGUCUUGACGCCGCCAGGAGUAGGCGGAAGGAGCUACACGUCCCGCACGGCGCACGAAGAAGCGGAAGUUUCGCAACCAUCCACAAGUGUACCGUAGCCGUCACCGGAACGCCGGAGGAUAUCCAACUCGAUAUUCUGCCGGCGGGGACCGUGUAG